AUGGACUUAGUGAAAUCCUUAUUGGCGUUGUUUAUUAUUUUGGUUGCGAUUGUAUCUUUGUUAUCGAAUCUGCUUGUGUUAUUAUGUUUUAUGUACAGUGCCGAGAUACGCAGGCAGGUGCCUGGUGUAUUUAUACUGAACCUGUCUUUUUGCAACAUACUUAUCACAAUUUUGAACAUGCCGUCAACAUUGUUUGGAGUUAUCAAAAACCAGAAACCUUUUGGAGACUGCGUCUGUCAAACUGUAAGCUUUCUAGAUACUUUUUUGACGACCAACACGAUGCUAAGCAUGGCUGCUUUAAGCAUAGAUAGGUGGAUCGCUGUUGUGUUUCCACUGAGUUACUCCACUAAAAUGCGAUACAAGGACGCUAUCAUCAUGGUGUGCUAUUCAUGGCUCCAUUCUCUCACAUUUUCCCUCAUCGCACUGCUUUUGUCGUGGUAUGACUACAGCCACGUGUAUGCAUCCUGCACUUUACAUCUGAGUGAUGACCGCGGGAGGAUGAAGUUUGCGGUGUUCACCGUCGUGUUCCACGCCACGAGUUUCACCCUCUCUCUGCUGACUCUGUGCUUCACCUACUUCAAGGUCUUAAAAGUCGCGCGGUUCCACUGCAAGAGGAUAGACAUCAUAACCGUGCAGACCCUACUCCUGCUAGUUGACAUUCACCCAAGUGUAAAACAACGGUGUCUUAUGGAGCAGAAAAGGAGGAAACAGCGUGCCACAAAGAAAAUAUGCAUUUUCAUUGGAUCAUUCAUUUUCUGUUUUGCACCUUAUGUUAUAACAAGGCUCGCCGAGCUCCUGCCUGUCGUGCGCGUCAGUCCGCAGUGGGGGAUCGCCAGCAAGUGCCUGGCGUACGGCAAGCCGGCGUCCGACCCCUUCGUCUACUCGCUCCUUCGCCAGCAGUACAAGAAAGCCCUGGUCAACAUGGUCAACAAACUGCUGAGGAGGGACCUCUACCCUUCAUCUGGACACAGUAAUUCCCUGGACACGGAGAACGACUGCAGCCUGCAAAGAAUCAGCUAACUGGAAACUGUGCAGGCAGAUGUAGUGACUGCCUUCCAGCGCGAGGGACAGAGCACUGUAGAUGAUGGGCGUGGCCAUGUGCAUUUGCGUUGCUGUUUACCUUGAGUGGUUCUAUGAGGGAAGAAGUGUGCGUGCUAGACGGAGAGUCUGGAACAGAAGCUCUUACAAUUCUGCCUUACAUUUUCCCCCGGAGAAUAAGUUAUUAAAAUUGUUCAUUUGAAACGAUUGCUGGAAGGCUAAGAACUCCUAAUGUCACACAGGUUUACUUUAAGGUUCUGUUCCGCUGAAAAAAAUCAAAUUUUGAGUCAAAUUUACCAUUUUCUGUUUACUGCUGCUAAUCAUCCCUCAACUAUUCAACUUUCAGUAUAAUACCACAUUUUGAAUGAUUCAGCCAUGUGCAUGGUGAAAUGAGUAUAAUUAUUUACCAUUUCUAUCUUUGAAUUUUCUCUAAAUUGGAUAUUACAGGACUAUUUUUAUCAGUGUGUAGUCAUC